UUCUCUCUUUUCUGUUUUUAGAUACCUAAUAAGGAUGUGCCGAUGGUUAUUUGAUUGCUUACGAGCAAUAUUCAAUUUCCUAAGGAAUUUGUGCUGCGGUUUUGCAGAAGACAGUGAAGAAAAUGGUCGCCUUUUAACGAAAUCAAUUCACGUGACAACAUCCCCACUUCAAGCAUAUUGUCGAAAUACAUUUCUAAACUUUCAAAACAAGUAUUUGCGAUCGUGCAACCUCGAGUGGAAAGAUCUUCAAGUAAUUACGAACACAGUAAUUAUACUUUGUCCGAAGAAGUCUCGCCUUCAAGAUGACAUUACAGAGACUUUGAAUUAUUUCAAAAUAUUAGGUCAACACAAAAUAAUGCUUAUUGUAUUGCACUAUUGUGAACGUGACAUAGAGCCGGAAAACCUUCUAACAGAAAAUAGAGAUAGCAGGGUCUCUUCUUUUGCUAAUAUUGUAUAUAGCGAUUCCGAACAAUGUUACGACUGUCAUAUAAACGGUAAGGCCGUGAAAGCCAUCAAAGACUUUAUAAGAAGUAACUGAUGAAAUGGACAUAUCAUGUAUUAAAAUGGUAACUACAUGUACAUCAUAUAAAAACUUUGUGAAGACUUCAUACAAAAGAAAAACAACUUCAUUUUAUUAACUACGUUUCAUAUUAAAUAGUAACAAAAUUCCUUUAUAGAAACUUGGCUUAUUUGUACAUUUGUUUUGCUGUUAAAAACGAUAACAGAAAUGUUAUACUGUAAUUGGUACAUUGAGUUACGUCAAAUAAAACAAAAAACUGCA